ACCCCCAAUUGCGCCAAUCUGCAGGACGGCAGGGGUUCAGUCGGACGUGUCUGUUGAGCGCGAAAAAGAAUAAGACUCGGAGGAUAAUUAACCAUGUCAAUGUCAACUUUCUAUUUCUACUUUUGCUGUCUUCGCGCCAUCUUAUACACUCAGUCUUUGGAAAGCCCUCGUCAAAAUGGCAGUCGAGAAUACGACAUGGCGAAAUAACGUCUGGCUAGUGUGGUUUUACAUCGUGUUUCCCAUCACUGUCUUAAUCGACCUCCAAGAGGUCAUCUACCCAUCCUCUCUCCUCGUCCCAGCCGACGCGCCUCUGCACUUCGCCUACAAAGCCAAACAAGACUACAUCGCCAAGUUCAACGACCCCAUUGUACAAUGGUCACCCGAAACAGCCUCCGGUCAUGACAGCUGGAUGGGGCUUUUUAUACACCUCGAGUUCUUUUUUCUUCUCCCCGUCAUGAUCUACGCCAUGUACAAGAUGGGGAUCAGGCAGAAGGGAACGAGCGGCCCCGACGAGCUACUCUUCUUUGUCUAUGCGCUUUACAAUGCACUCACCACAGCGGUCUGCAUUCACGAUACAUUUUAUUGGGACAAGACUAUCUGGGCGGACGAGAGUCAGCUGUGGACGCUGAGAUCAGCGUACUACGCGCCGUUUGUGUUCAUCCCUCUCCUCGGGGCGUUUGACAUGGGUUCACGCAUUCUAUCCCGGUUCAAGGCGGCGGAUGCGGCGGCAGAAUCGAAGAAGGCCGAGUGAGAGAUUGGCUUGGGGCAACCCAUCGCCUUGGCGACAUCGUCGAAGGUAAUUGGGCAAACGUUUGGGCGGGAAGUCGUGGUAUUGAGAACCCAAGGCUGUGUGAUGUCGGAGUAUGGACCAGGCAAGGUUAAAUAGAAAGGAGGGAGAGGGGAAGCACCCGUGGGCUGCAUCUGGAUCAAUUUUUUGUGAGCAACUUCCAAGCUUUGCAAACGCUCCAGAUGCAUGCAAAUGAUGCCUAGCAUAAGGUACCUAAGGUAGAUAGAUGUAAGAUAUAAUAACGAGUGUUCUCUCACAUCCGUAAAUAUUACCUCUGAUGCACCAGAAAUAUAAACAAUGAGAUGGAGUAGCUGGAAAACA